GAGAAAGCAGGGGAUGAUAUACCGACGAACGACGGCACGGAGGAGGAGAACAACAGCAGGGCAUGGCGCUGGCGGCGACGCAGCCGCUUGGGCUCGGCGUCGGAGCGUCUUCACGCCGGCCUCCGUUCCCCAUCCUGGCGCGCAAGACUCGAUUCGUAGGUGUAGCAGCGGCGGCGGCGGCAGAGAAGGGAGGAGCGACCGCGGCGGCGGAGGUGGUGCGGGAGUUCUACGAUGGCGUGAACCGGCGGGACCUGGCGGCGGUGGAGCCGCUGAUCGCGGAGGGUUGCGUGUACGAGGACCUGGUGUUCCCGCGGCCCAUGGUGGGGCGGGACCAAGUGCUGGGCUUCUUCGGCGAGUUCAUGGGCUCCAUCAGCCCCGACCUCCGCUUCGUCAUCGACGACAUCUCCGGCCUGGAUCCCUCCGCCGUCGGAGUCACCUGGCACCUCGAGUGGAAGGGGCGGCCGUUCCCAUUCAGCAGGGGAUGCAGCUUCUACCGCUGCCAACCCGACCCGCAGAAGCAGCAGCAGAUUCAGAUCGUGUAUGGUCGGGACUGUGUGGAGCCUGCAACCAAACCCGGUGAAUUGGCGCUGGUGAUCAUCAGGGGAGUCACGUGGAUCUUCGAGCGAUUCCCGAGCCUUGCCCGCAUGCUCUGAAACGAUCGAAACGGCGCUCAGAACCAGCUCGGAUGAGAUGAUGAUUGUGAUGCAUCGAUAUGGAUGGCAACUCCUCCCAUCUUAAAUCUUAAUGCCAUGCAUGGGUGGUCUUCGGUUCUCAAAGGAGGAGUGGAUGUGUCUUCACAACUUUUUUGAGUUCCUCUGUGGCUGUAGAUAACCUGAAGUCUAGUGUCAAUUUGGGUCAUCAAGAAGUAGUAGGAAACACGAACCAAACCAUGCACGUACCCUUCGGGUGGCGGUACGAGAGAAUUGGUAGAACUAGUAGAAUAUACGUGUCGAACAAAGUUACUCCAGUUUCUAAGUAUUUGGUUAUUGGAUUGUUCAAACUCCCUGGAAAAUAAUACGUACAUAAUGCAUACCCUUCUUGCAAAUAGACACCAGCUAAAUUGUUUGA